UAGAGAGACACAUCGGGGUGUGUGAUCCUCAGCAGAUGCAGAAUUAUUGUAUUAAACAGCCAUCGUUUCGGUGUCUUAACCAUAGAGACACUGCGACCUCGACUGAGUUUCAUAAAGCCAUAAUGUAUUUGUAGUACAAGAAGAAGAAUCAUGUUCGUGAACACGGCAAUAGUCGUUAUUUCUUCAUUGAUGGGAUUGCACGUCACGGGGGGCAUCUCUGUAGACGAUGAAGUUUAUCAGAUACCGCAUAGGCGCAUGGCUAAUGGAUUGACUGGCCCUGUAUACCAGCACAUGGGUGUUCUCAGUCAGGAAAAGGCUUUAGGAUUUAAUGGGGAAUUGCUUCAGGCCCAGUCCCGUGGACGGGUGGCAAAGCUGAUGUCCGCAGUGUUUCUAGAAUCCCAUUUCCAGAGAACUCCACAGAGGCGAUCAGAUGUCAAUUUCCUGCAAAACAUUGACCGUGUGGAGAACAACCCUGUAUCUGCCCACCAUACGGUCACAAUGGAGGAGAAUGAUGACAUUGAGCUGUAUGUGUCGUCUGUUGGAGCAUCAGAACCUGUGGCUCAUGAGGACAUGAUCCGAUUGCUCAACAUCAACCCCCUUCACCACAGCUCUGGGCCGCUUGCCACCACUGAAGCAUCCGCUGAGAAGACUGUUUUCAAAGACCACCAUGAGAAGAACAGCAUUUGGGGUAAAGACGGCUUCUAUGUGCUGGUCAUCUGCCUCACAAUAUUCAUCAUCAUCUUCACCUGUUUAAUGGUGCUUUACCGAAUAAAGGAGAAGGAAUUCUUGGAUCAUCAGCUUAAAGACCCAUCCCCGCCCAGCCGGGACGUACAGCUGGCACCCAUCCCUGUUCAUGGUGCUCAGCCCCCUCUGACCCUCAAGAACAGCAUGGUCCAGGCCAACCAGACAUCCAAACCCAGUGCCACCCAUUCUAUCAGCAGCACAAGCAUCCCGUCCUGUAACAUCAGCAUCCAUCAGACCCAUUCCAGCGUGACGACAUCAGAGGUCCGCAGUACCAGCGUCCCACCCGGCCACUCUGUGGCUGAACUCAAACCCACUGUGUCCUCCACACAUUCACCCUUUAGGAUGAAGUCGGUUGCAGGCCUGCAAGAGCGACGUGGAUCUAAUGUCUCGCUGGUGCUGGACAUGAGUGCUUUGGGUUCGGUGGAGCCUUUGAGUAGUGGGGUUGUGACCCCACGUGAGCGUGCAACUCAGGAAUACCUGCAGUCAGCCGGUCGGGUCCUCUCACGGCAACAGCUUCGUGACAUCACACUGAACACACAGAUGCUGCAUGCAGAGUUUGCCGAAAUUCCAAUGAACUUUGUGGAUCAGAAAGAACUGGAUAUCCCAAAUCAUGGAUCAAAAAAUAGAUACAAGACCAUUUUGCCAAAUCCACAUUCCAGAGUUAUUCUGAAGACUAAGAACUCAAAUGACCUGCUCAGCAGUUACAUUAAUGCCAACUACAUAAGAGGCUAUCUUAGAGGUGAGAGAGCCUUCAUUGCCACUCAGGGUCCAAUGAUCAACACGGUGAAUGACUUCUGGCAAAUGGUCUGGCAAGAGGACUGCCCUGUCAUCAUCAUGAUUACUAAACUGAAAGAGAAAAACGAAAAAUGUGUUCUGUACUGGCCUGAGAAGAGGGGGAUCUAUGGAAGGGUGGAGGUCUUUGUUAAUAAUGUGAAGGAAUGUGACCACUAUAUAAUCCGCUCCCUUAUACUAAAGCAAGGAGGCCAGAGUCGUAAAGUGCAGCACUACUGGUAUACCUCAUGGCCGGACCAUAAGACCCCAGAGAGUGCUGGACCCCUGCUGCAGUUAGUGAAUGAUAUUGAGGAGGACAGGAGAGGCUUUACAUCCUGUGGGCCGGUUAUUGUACAUUGCAGUGCUGGAAUUGGUCGGACGGGGUGUUUCAUAGCCACAACAAUCGGCUGUCGUCAGUUGGAGUUGGAGGGAGUUGUGGAUGUGCUGGGAAUUGUGUGCCAACUUCGGACAGACAGGGGUGGUAUGAUCCAAACGGAGGAACAAUAUGAAUUUGUGCAUCAUGUCUUGAGUCUCUAUGAAAGCCGCCUUCCUGUGGAGCCUGGACAGUGAACAGCUAGAGGAGCUUAAAUUUUCAUACCAAGAGAUCUGCUAUUGCCACGAGCUUUCUGAUUCAGGAGAGAAGGCAGCAGAUAAUGUUUGUGAAGAUGGAGCUUUGAGGAAUUUAGUUAUGUGCGUGUCAAGGCAAGGGUUGCACACAUCACAACUCUGACAUUUUCUGGAAGCUAUUAUUGCCGGCAAAUGUAUUUCUUGUCAUAGAUUUUGAAUAGCCUCUGCCAUGCUUUUUAAGGCCACUAGUGUUAAGUGUCACUGCCCAAGGUCUAGUUCCACUAAAUAAUGCUUUUUUAAAAACAGUAUACACAGCAUAAAUAAU